GGUCAAAAGUAUUCUGAUGAAACGGGGAAAAGGUAUGUCGUAUUUUUUUUCUUCGUUCAGCUCAAGCGAACGCCGGAUGGUACAUCAAAAGGAUUCGGCUUUGUGCAAAUGAGCACAGUAGAAGAUCAGGACAAGGUGUUGGCACUUGCUUGUCACAUGUUGGAUGGUAGGCGAUGCGAGGUCCGCAUUCCUGAACCAAAGCAUGACAGCUACGAUUUUCCACCCGUUAGUAGUCGUGGUCCUUCGAAAAUAUUAGUCAACAAAAUAUUUGUCGGUCGUCUCGUGGAGAAAAUCACUGAAAAAAUGCUGCGCGAAUUCUUCGAGAAAGAAGCGAAAGAGAUUGUAGAAUCUGCAUCGGUGACUGAUUCAUUCAUUCCAAAGCCAUUCCGAGGUUUUGGAUUCGUUACUUUCACGCACCCUGAAGUAGCCGAGAAGUUGGUCAAGUGGGUCUUUUCGUUGUUUUCCUCACAUGAUCGGCUCAGACUUUCCUGUAGUCAAGUUCGUUCGAAUAAGAGGCAAUAUUGA